AGUUGAGCAGCCGAAAAUUUAAUUUGCCAUUAUUUUAUAGUUGGAAAUUUGCAAAGUGAUUGAUUAUAAACCUUUGAAAACAUGCUUUUUAAACUAUCUUUGGUAAUCACAAGUUGUUUGUAUAGUAUAGUGUUCAAACCGCAAGGUCAUUGUUCGUUAAAAGAAUCUACGGCACUAGAAAAGUGAGUGGUGUGAAAAGUGGUUGUGCCGUUUUAGUAUCGAAAGAUAUAAUUAACAAAUUGUAAAUUUAAAUAAAAUUGCCAUUAAUAGCUUAAAUUAACAAAGGAAGUGUCCAAUAAAUGGACAGUAUUGGUAUGAAGUCAGGCAAAGGAAGCACUCAGUAAAUAAAGAGAAAAAAUCGAAACAAAGACAAUUUUGCAGGUACGACUGUGACUGCGUUUGGACGCAUCUCUCGUUUGCCAUACUUACCAAUUUCGGUCUUUGUUUCGUAUAAAUCUUCGUUAUAUGGCCGACACUUUUAGCCAAUUUUGAUUACUUUCCAACUUUAUGUUCGCAAACAAUUUAACACAAAAACAUCAUUCGGUUUCUAUGUGUAAUUUAGUUUUUUAAUUAAUACUUGUUAUAAGAACCCAAUGUGGGCAAAUCGGUCAUGCACAUCUGCAACAUGCCAAUGGAUUAUAGUUUAGAAACCGUCCACGAAAUCAUACAGAUAUAUCACGCACUACAGCGCUCAUUCAUAACGACAAAGUCGGCGUACACAUUCUUACACACCUAGUAUUGGUAUAUACAUAUGUAAGUGAACAAGAUAUUGAUAUGGCUACGACAACAACGGCAACAACUGAAAAUGCAUUGAAACUCCCACAGCAACUGCAAUUAGCGGAGGCCGGUGGGGAUAGGCAGCAGCAGCAACAAACAAGCCAUAUUGUUAAUACUAUAGCGGAGGAGUCAUCGACUAUAAAUGGGUGCGUUACACAGAGAGCGGUAAAGGAAGAAAUUGACGAUGUGGAGCAACACACCCAAAAACCAGAAAACAACAACACAACAUACAGUUAUGAAAACGAAGCUGCAGAAGGAACACCGGCUACACCUGCUGUGACAGAGCUGUCAGUAAUGACCAUGAAUGCGCCACCAGAAUCUCGUUUGUGUGGUAAAAAAUUGUUGUUGUGCCGACGCUUUAAGGAUUGUGGUGGUAUUUUGCGUAAUUUUAAUUCUUUGCCAUUAUUCGUUUACGCGACAUCACCAUCCACGCAUGCCAUCUCGGCCGAUGGCGUGGGCGUGGCCAAGGAGGCAGUGGCAGCGGCAGGCGCUAUAGGUCAAAAGAAUAACGACUCCUAUGACCUUGCGCUUUGCCCCACGAACAAUAGCGGCUUUCCAACAACAACCGCAAUUAUUAGCGCCAUGGACUGUCUGCCCAUUAUGAAUGGCGGCAGUAGCAGUAAUAGCAGUGGCAUCGGCACACUCGGCCUUGGCGUUGCACAUCAUCACAUCUUGUCUAACGGCAAUAGCAGCACAGCGGCCGCUGUAAUGAGCGGCAGCACACCAACAGUCACCGCCGUUGUCGGUUCCUAUCAACAGCAACUCGCUAACUUGCAUGCGCAUCACCCACAUCUGAAUUUGGUUGGCCAUCAUGCCGUAACACCGUACAGCAAUAAUUAUCCGCUGCAUCAUAGCAGCAGCCAUCAUCACAUACAGAGCGAGCAGACCAAGUCGCUGCAGGAGCUGCAGCAUGAAGUUGGCGCGCUGUUGGAAUUUCGCGAUCUGGUCAUCGAAACCUUUCCGGAUCUCAAGCAUAAAAUGGCGUCUAUGUCCUCAGCGACGGGUUCGUCCACAACGAACGCAAGCGGUGGCGCUGCUUUGAGUAGCGCUUCAGCGACUGGCGUACAUACACUUGCCGGUGGUAGUGGUAGCGGCAGCGGCGGCAUGUCGAAUGCGUCGUUAGUAUCAAGACGCGAGUGGGAGCCUGGCAUACGCCUGAAGCGCAAAGUUUCGCAUAAAGAACCGUCCAUACCGGCAGCCAGCGGCGCCACUGCUGCGGCCGUUGCAGCCGGUGAAUUAUCCUCAUCGUCGCUGACGCGUAGCCGCAGUAAUUCACAUAGCGGUAAAAAAGAGCCAAAGAGCGGAGAGAAUAACAACGGCAGUGUUGUGCAGGAUUCCGGUUUCUCCACGGAGACAAGUUCAUCUAAGGAGGGACAUAGUGCUUCGUCCACAAAUGGUGCUAUGACGGGCCCCACUGCACUGAACCGCCUCUCCUGCCACGAAUCUGAUGACGAGCUGCUCAAUUUGCUCGAUGUGAUACAUCGCAAAUCGAAUCGUUUACGCGAAGAAAUGGAUCAGCUGCAGCAGUAUGAGCGCCAGAAUUUGCGCGGCGCCAGCAGCAAUAUUAGCACCAACAACAAUAUUAAUCCAGCGGAUGAGUCGACAACAACAGUUGUUGCUGCAAGCGAAUUGUCUGCAGGUGCGACACGCAGUUCUUCGGUGUUGGCAAAGUCCAGUAGUAGCGGCAGCAGUAACAUUACUGUAAAUGGUGCCGGUCUCACGCCGAAAACCUUCCGCGAACAUGUGGAACGCCUCAAUAAGGAGGAUAUCAAGCAGUUGCGUAAGGAACGCGAUCGUCUGCUCGAUAAGCUGGCCGAAAUGGAAGCGGAAACUUUAACCGGACGCAUUAAAGCGGCCAAAAUGAAUGAUCAAGUGGAGGAGCUAAUCAGCGUGAAAAAGGAUCUCGAGGAGCAGUUGAAGUUGGCGAUGGCGCAAAAGCUUGAUUUAAGCGCGCGCGUGCAGCAGUUACAGCUACAGCAACAGCAACCCUCACAGCAGUUCCAGAGUAAGAGUUCUUCAAGUCAAUCCGAUUAUUCGAGUCAACGCAACUUCUUAUCCUCCGCUACUACGGUGCUCUCCACUGGCAGCGCUGCUUCGGCACAAUUUCUAGAGGCUGGUACUGCUGCUGCCACCAACACUAGCACACUAACGAGCGCACAAAGUCGGCGUCAGCAUACAUUCCAGCCAGUGGUGGUGAUCGAACAGCAGCAACACAAUCAGCGUCCGCUACAUACAGCGCCGCCCGAGGACAUACACAUUGCAUUCCAUCAAAGCGCAAGCAGUGAUAGUAAAAAGCAGCAAACCGAGCAGAGUGAGCAGCAGCAAUUGGGCCGUCUGGAUGGCGUUGUGAGCACACCGGGCGGGCGCUACAGCAAAAGUCGCUUGAUCGAUUCGAAACGCUUUGCCGCUAUACUAUUGGAAACGAGCGUAGUCGAGCUGCAGCGGCAUCUGCUGACGCUGACCGUGCAAAAUCAGGUACUGAUGCAAAAGCUCGACUCGGCUACCAAGUCAAAAACACAUUUAGCCAAAAGACUGGACAAAUCAAAGGAUGAUGUAGAGGAUCUGCGUUUUCAGUUAGAGGAGAAGAACAUCGAGUUGGAGGGCACUAAGGCGCAAUUGCGCGUGCUGGAGUCGCGCAUACACUCUGUCACGCCCAACAGUGGCGCGCCAACUAAUUCCUACUUACACUCUCAAAAUGAUUAUGAAACCAAUCGUUCAUCAGCUUCCACCACGCUGAUGUUGAGUCGGCGUGGCAUCGGCAGCGGCGCUAGUGAUACAUUACAUUAUAGCGACUUGCGUUCGGCAACACCAAUUUCAAACACCACCACUACAAUGCCAAUGACAACAACUGUCGGUCAAAUGCCCGCACCACAGGUUACACAAAUAUCCACGCCCAGCAUGAAGGCCAUGGUUCACCUGCCGAUGGACGAACUACAACAGCAUAGUAGUAGCACCGAAUCGGCACAUGAUCACGAGUUGCAUGAGAGUGGCGACACACAGACGACGGCAAGCAGACUGAUGAGCGCAAGCGUCGGUGGCAUAAGUCCGUUUGACAGUGUGGCGCGUGGGAAAAAAGUUGGUGUGGGCAGCAAGCCAAGCAAAAUACCUUUACCGGGCAGCAAAGCAGCAGCCUAUUUUGCUGGCAAACCACCCACCGGACGUCCAUCUACGGCAGGUCGCUCACCUCCUUCCACCCACACAUACGGCACCUCGAACUCGUCGAGCAAGUCGUCACUGUGUCGCAGUACCGGCAAUCUGUUAUACAGCAAAUCACCGAACAGUCUGAAACGUGCCGACUCCGCACAAAGUAUACGCAAAGACAACUCAUCGUUGAGCACCAAUACGAGUCGCAGCUCUACAUCUUCUUCCAUACCGUUGGCGACGCAUCACUUGUCAAAUGCUACCUCGAAGUCACCGAUUGGUGCAGUCGCCAGCGCGACACCAACUCCGUCCCCGAGAGUGCUACAAAACUCUCCACUACCGAAACUAAAGCGUGAAUCGCUCACCUCACGCGUACGCCAUUUGGAUUCUUUGUCGCGUGUACAUCAGCAUAAUCAUCAUUCGAACGUCAGCAGCAAUGGUGGUGGUGGUGGUGGUGGUGGUGGUAGCAGUGAUCUCUCCUGCACAUCGCCUACAAUCUCGGCCUACACCACGGCGCACAACCAUAAUCACAGCAAUUCGGCGCUGCUAACGUCCACUUCGCCCACUGCGCUGUCCAACAGCUCGGCGAGUAGCUACAUUGUGAGUAGCACGCCAAAGCCCAGCGCCAUAGCAGCGCAUAUAAAUGCAACGCUGCGCAAGGACACGCAAUUGAAUACAAGCAAUUAUGGUGCGCAACAAUUUCUGCGCCGCGCCACCGGUGGCAAUGCCGCCGCCGCCGCUGCCGCCACUAAUACAGCUGGCUCUGGUCAAAGUGUGGUGAAUAGCAGUGCGACUGCGCGCCGCUUCAGCAGUGCCUCGGUGGUGGGUGCACGCAUAGCGAGCCGCAGUCAAUCGCAAGACGCUAGCAGUGGGGAGCACCAGCCGCAACAACAACAACAGCAGCAACAUCAGCAGAGCGAUAGCGAUAGUGGCAAGCAUUCACUGCUCUAUGAGCUGCUGCCAGCUUACAAACCGAAUGAGAGCGCUGCCAGAGCCGCAACCUCCCAUAAUUGGCGACAACAACAAUGGCAGCAGGUGUUGACACACGCCUUAAAUAACCAUGGGGCUGGAGCUGCCGAUCGCGUGGCUUACAAUCACACAGACGGUGGCAGCGCGCUCUCGCCCACCACCUACGCCACGCGCCCACUGCCGCUCCAGCUGAGCGCAAAUCUGCAGCUGAAAAGCAAAAGUAAGGACCAUUGCAAUUUUGUGCGCGCCUACGAGUUGGAGGAGCAAACUAAAUUGCAACAACAACGGGUGCGGAAGAUGAACUCGCUGCUGCCGGAGGUCAGCAUACCCAGCUAUGAUUAUUACUACUCGAACGAAUCGGUGCGCAGUUCAGAUCGUGGCAGCGAUAAUUUGCUGGUGACAUUUGAUUAUGGCUAUAGUGACUCAUUGCUCGAGGAGGCAAACGCUGAUGCUGAUUUCAGCAUUGAGAAGAAGCAAACGCGUAUUGCGCUGCCCGAACUGCGUGCUGUCGUUUAUCCAAUCAAGGAGGAGUUGGAGAGCGCGCCACUUUGUGAGCAACUGAAUUUGUGGCAGCGCAAGCCAGCGCCAGUCAAUUGUUUGGAUAAAUAUGCGGAUGAUGAUUACAGUGACAGCUGGGAGCAGAAAGAGGAGGACGAAGAGGCGCAUGAGAAUAUUUGGUUUAACACAGCGUUGACGCGCAGUCAGCAGGCGGAGCGCAAUAAAGCGCGUUUUGGCUCUGAUGCAGAUUUCAAAGUGCAUCACAUGCAACAUGAUGCUGCUUUUGAAGGGUGUGGAUACGAUGAUAAUGUAGAGGAGGAGGAGGAGGAAGAUGUAGAGCAGAGUCUCGAAUUUUCAGUGAAUCCGCGCAAUAACGGUAGUGAUAGUAGUCGUAGCGCUGGCAGCGCUAAUAGUUUCUACUAUCGUCAGCUGGCGUGGGACCCGUGGCUGAAAGAAACAGUUGUCGCUGAACUGCAGGUGGAGGAAACACAUGAAAAUGCAGCGGACGACGAAGAAGAGGAAUUUUUUGAUAGCCUGAAUUAAGCGGCGUGCUUAGCACUAUAUAAUUCUAAUUUAUUUAAUUUUUGUUUAGAAUUGUUAGGGUGUUUCGUGUAAUUUGUAUGCAAAUAUUUAAAUGUUUUUAAUUUUUUUUUCAAUAUUAAAAAUACGCGCACUUAGUUAUUGUUGACACAUUUAUUUGUUCAAAAAAAAAAAAUACAAAAUUUGCUUAGCAAAA